UAUUCGAUCAAACAGAAAAAAAGUGAAAAAGCUUUUGGAAAGAAAUCUCUUUCGUUUAUGAGCGGAGAGGAAGAAACAGCAGGAAGAAAAAAGAAGAAAUUGACCCAUCUUCGAAUCAUUCCUGCGUCUUCCUCUCACACCGUUCAUACAUCACUUUCUUUCAUCCAUUCUCUCGUCGGAUAUCUCUUGGUUUCAUCGAAUCUGUAUCUUUCCUCCUAUGUGGAUUGAGCUUUUGGAGGUUCCCAUUCCCCCUCAUCGUCCUCCAUAACCCUUAUUCUAUUACAGAGUGUUUGAAGGGGUGUGUUUAGAGAAAGCAAUAUGCAGAGCCAACUUGUUUGUAGUGGUUGUAGGAGCAUUCUACUUUAUCCAAGAGGAGCAACAAAUGUAUGUUGUGCACUCUGUAAUGCCAUCACUACAGUUCCUCCUCCUGGAAUGGAUAUGUCCCAGCUUGUAUGCGGAGGCUGCAAUAUACUGCUCAUGUAUGCUCGUGGCGCAGCGAGUGUUAGAUGUUCUUGCUGUCAAACGGUCAACAUCGCCUCAGCAUCAUGUCAGCUAGCUCAUAUCAACUGUGGGAACUGUCAUACUUUGUUGAUGUAUACUUAUGGAGCUCCAUCUGUAAAAUGUGCAAUUUGUCAUUAUAUUACUAAUGCAAACAUGGAAAAUUUCAGGAUCCCCAUUCCUAUGCAUAAUAAUGGGACGACACAGCAACCACCACCACCACCGCCAAUGUCUCAGCCUCAAACGCACCACCAAACAGUGGUUGUUGAGAAUCCAAUGACGGUUGAUGAAAGUGGCAAAUUGGUGACCAAUGUUGUCGUCGGAGUCACAACUGAUAAAAAAUGACCCGCCAUUGGAGUACCGGUUGGAUCUUGUCUAAGAAGAUGGGUGCGAAUAAUAUUUAAAUUUCAUUGAUUUAUACUGUGUAAUCAAUCAUCAACAAUACCCAAAACAUAACUUUGUAGUAGUUUGAAUGUGGUUUUAAAAUUCAUAAAUGCAAUCUAUAAGAA